AUGGCGAUCGUGUUUCUAGAUCUUAGCUUGGGGCCCAAACCUCUCGGACGCGUGAAGAUCGAGCUAUAUACCCAGCAACUUCCAAAAACGACUGAAAAUUUUCGGCAAUUUUGUACAGGUGAAUAUAGGGAGCUCGGAAGGCCUAUAGGAUAUAAAAACAGUCGAUUUCAUCGUGUUGUGCCUGGAUUUAUGAUCCAAGGGGGCGACUUCGUGAGAGGGAACGGAACUGGAACCAAAACGAUUUACGGUGUGGAUUCAUUUGAGGAUGAGGGCUUUAUGUUCAAGAAUGAGCCCAUGACGAUAGCUAUGGCAAAUUCUGGCCCUAAUACCAAUGGAUGUCAAUUCUUCAUCAAUCUGGCUCACAAUAAUUUUCUGGAUGGAAAGCAUGUGGUCUUUGGGCGUGUGAUUGAUGGUGAGGACAUAAUUCGGACAAUUGAGCAUGUGACUGUUGACAAUGAACGUCCUGUGAUUGACAUCGAAAUUUCCAAUUGUGGAGAAAUGUGA